AUUGUUAAUAUUAAUAAAGUUAUAUUAAAAUAGCAAAAAAGGUAUUAUAAGCAAUGGACAAAGAUCCAAUGAUUGAACUUACUGAAUUCCAUAAUAAUUUAUAUGGUCCUAUAUCAGAUUCUAGAGAAAAUUUAAUUGAAAAACCACCAGAAAUUAAACCAAGAAAAAAGAAAUUAUUAAGCAAAAAUGAUAUUCAGUCUAUGGGAUCUAGUUCCAGUAGUAGUGAGAGGAAUGGGUCGGAAUUGUCAUCAUUUAGUCAAAAUUCAUCACCAUUGUCACAAGGUUGGCAAAAAAAUAAAAGUAAUAGUGAUGUACCUAUGCAAAUACCUGUACCUCGUCCACGUUCAAUAUCAAGUACUAAUGGAUCUAGUAUAAGAAGUUUAUCUGCUAAUAGUCCAAUAUCACACAAGAGUAGUUUAAAAGACAGUCGAUCAAUAACUCCAGAAAGUGUUUCCAUUGAAUUAAGUGACAGUGAAAUCACAGAUAAUUCAAGCAGAAUAGUGCCAUUAAAAGUUAAAAAAAAAGAAAAUAAAGAAAAAAAUGGUAUGGAGUCGUCAGCUGCAUUAAAUAAUGUUGCUUGUUUAAAUAAUUUUAAUGAAGAAACAAAAAAUGAAAAUGAAAAUGUUAAAUUAGAAAUUUAUAUUCAUCAAACAGAUGUAUUAAAAGUUGAUACAAGAAUAAGACAUCCAAGUGUUAUAAUUUAUAUUAUCGAUACAACUACGUGGGAAUAUCUAAAAAUAAGCGAUACAAAUGAAAUAAAUCAAGAAAAAACUUACAUUAAUCCAAUUUUAACAAAAGAAUUUGAUUUCAAAUAUCACAAAACAAUAAUACCAAACUGGGAUGAAAAAGUGGUUUAUACUGAACAAUUUAAACAUAUUAUAACAGCAAAUACAGUAAUAUUAUUUGAGAUUGUAGAUUUUACUGGAAGUAUUCGACCUCUAGUAUCAAUGAAUAAUUGGCAUAGAAUAGCUUGGGCAUUUAUAAGACCAAUUGGAUCAAAUGGAAUUACAAAUACAGGAAAACAAAUAAGACUACAAUUAUACAAACCUGGCCCAAAACCGAAGUCUUUUCACAAAAACUAUCCAAUGGUAAUGCAUUGGUUUAAAAAAGGAAUUCUAAAAAAAUAUCCUAGCACACUUUAUAUUAGUUUGAAUAAAGUAAAGAACUUAAGGGUAACUGAUGUGGUAUCAGAGAAAAAUCAACAAGAAUUAACUUCUAUUAAAUCUAGUUCACAAAAUGAUCUUAAUUCUGACUUUAUCAGUACAAGUCAAGAAAUGUUUCAAGAAUACAAUAUUAAAUGGAAACGUUUUCCUGGUCAAAAAUGUAAAAUACCAAAUUCUGAAAUAGUGAAACUUCAACCAAACUUAGAAGGAUGCAUGUAUUUAAAAUAUAGUUAUGAUGGUUUAAAGCUAGCAGUUGCUACAGGAAAAAAUAUAAAUAUCUAUUCAGUACCCGGAUAUAAAUUGCUUAAACAGUUAAUUGGUCAUCAAGGUUUGGUAUAUACAUUAAGAUGGAGCUAUGACAAUAAUAAUUUAUUAACAACUUCUUCCGAUUAUACUGCUUGUGUUUGGACACUAAAAAAUUACAACCAAACAGAAUUUCAAAUUCUUCCGCAUCCAUCGUAUGUAUAUUGUGCUGAAUAUAAUAAAGCGGUUAUAAUAACUGGAUGUUACGAUAGUAUAUUGCGAUUAUGGACUUUCACCCAUAAUAAAUGGACAUUGUGCCAAGAAAUGGAAUUCCACAAAGGUUUCAUAUCAAGUAUUACUCUAUUGGAAACUACAGUACUUUCGGCCGAUAGUCAUGGGUUAAUUAUUGAAUGGACGCUCGAAAAUAGUAGACUUGAAUUAAAAAGAAUUAUAUCAGUACCCGAAAUAAGACAAGUCAUAAUAAGUAAUAUAGUUUUACAUCCAGCCGGAAAACGGCUUCUAAUUCAAACCAGAGAUAGUAUUUUACGAAUGAUGGAUUUACAUACAACAGCAAUCAUACAGUGGUUUAGGGGCGGUGUAAACAAUAAAGUACAAACAGGAUGUGUAUUAAGUCCUUGUGGUAAUCUUGUGUUUGGCUGUGGCGAAGACGGAUUAGUUAAUGUUUGGGAAGCAAAUACUGCUAAGCAACUAGCAUUUUAUACGAAUCGCCAAGAUUUAACAACAGCCACUAGUAGUGCAGUAGAUUACCAUCCACAUGAUCAUAUGAUAGUAUUUGGAAUAUAUACUUCAAAUAAAAAUUCGCCCAUUUAUGUUGCUCAGUAUAAAAAAGAAAAUGAAACAGACAUAGGUUUGAGGUUUUUAAUUCCAAUAGAACAUAAACAAAAAGUUUUUGAACACAUUAAUCACCAGACAGCAGAAUAUGAAUGUUUAAAUAAAUUUAAAGUAAAAGAACAUGAUAAUCGACGCAUGAUGCCAUUAGUCAAUAUAAUAAAGAAAAUGGACAAUGUUUUAAAUUCAUUUAAGAUAAAAGAAUAA